AGCCAGUUUUGUGGGAAAUUCUAUUACCGUACGGAUACGGACUCUGCUGUAGCAGCAGCAGGCGUGUUUGAGAGCGAGUGGAAGGCCGGCCAGCGCGGCGAUGGAUGUCAAGUGCCGGCGUCUGGAGGGGAAGGUGGCCGUCGUGACGGCGUCCACGCAGGGGAUCGGCCUCGCCAUCGCCGAGCGCCUCGGCCUGGAGGGCGCCGCCGUCGUCAUCUCCUCCCGCAAGCAGAAGAACGUGGACGAGGCGGUGGAGGGGCUCAGGGCCAAGGGUAUCACCGCGGUGGGCUCCGUCUGCCACGUCUCCGACGCGCAGCAGCGCAAGAGUCUCAUCGAGACGGCCGUCAAGAGCUUUGGGCACAUUGACAUUCUUGUCUCCAACGCUGCUGCAAAUCCUACUGUAGAUGGCAUACUUGAAAUGAAAGAGGCUGUUCUCGAUAAGCUGUGGGAUAUUAAUGUCAAGGCUUCUAUCCUUCUUCUUCAGGAUGCUGCUCCCCACCUACGGAAGGGGUCAUCUGUGAUUAUCAUUUCUUCAAUUGCUGGUUACAAUCCAGAACAAGGAUUGACAAUGUAUGGUGUCACAAAGACUGCUCUCUUUGGUCUCACAAAGGCUCUUGCUGGUGAGAUGGGACCCAAUACUCGUGUUAACUGUAUAGCCCCUGGUUUUGUUCCUACACGGUUUGCUAGUUUCCUCACAGAAAAUGAGAGCAUUAGGAAAGAGCUUAACGAGAGGAGCAAGCUCAAGAGAUUGGGUACUGUGGAGGACAUGGCUGCGGCUGCCGCAUUCCUGGCAUCUGACGAUGCAUCAUACAUUACGGCUGAAACAAUUGUUGUUGCUGGAGGGACACAGUCUAGGCUGUAAAUCUGGUUGAAGUAUUGACUUGGCUGCUAAUAAUGUGUACUGGUGCCGAUUGCCGCUAGGCCAAGGCACUUAGAUGGUAUAGCAACUAUAUACUGUAAUAAUUCGCUAUGAAGCUAGUUGGCUACUGUUCAUUAAAUUGCAUUGUAUUGUAGUGUGACUUGAGCCCCCAUCAUAAAAUAUAAUGGACUUUCAGUUGACUUAA